AACAUUUUUAUUUGUUACAUGCUAACAAUUGGCAGAAAAGUGUUUUAAUAAUUGGCUUACAGCUGAAGUGAAGUAAGAACACAAUGGUUUGCUACAAUUUGAUGGCCCAACAAUCACCUCCAAUUUUGGUUCAAUCACAAUAUCCAUCAAAACCCAGGGGGUUGUCUGUGAAAGUGGUGUCUUCCUGCUGCACUGAAUGUCCAAUAUUUGGUAAGGUUGAGGUUCAACAUGUCAUUUCAGGUCUUGCGGCAUCGAUCCUAUUUCUCUCUCAAAGUAACAUGGGUUUUGCAGCAGACCUCCCUCAUUACAACAGUGUGUUCCAACUUGCAAAUGUCGCGGACAGCAUGCCAACACUUCCUUUGGAGAAGGGAAAUGAUGGUGGAAAGCUGAUGAUGAUGCGAGGCAUGACAGCUAAAGACUUUGAUCCAAUCAGGUAUUCUGGAAGAUGGUUCGAAGUAGCUUCCCUUAAACGUGGAUUUGCUGGACAAGGUCAAGAAGAUUGUCAUUGCACACAGGGCAUUUACACUGUUGAUAUGAAUGCACCUGCUAUCCAAGUAGACACAUUUUGCGUUCAUGGAGGACCUGAUGGCUACAUCACAGGCAUAAGGGGAAGGGUUCAAUGCCUUAAUGAGGAGGAUAAGGAGAAAGACGAGACUGAUCUAGAAAGGCAAGAAAUGAUUAGAGAGAAGUGUUACCUUAGGUUUCCUACACUGCCGUUCAUCCCUAAGGAGCCUUAUGAUGUAAUUGCAACUGAUUAUGAUAACUUCGCACUGGUUUCUGGAGCUAAAGAUAAAAGCUUCGUUCAGAUAUACUCGAGGAGGCCUAAUCCAGGACCAGAAUUUAUCGACAGGUACAAAAACUACUUAGCAAGUUUCGGAUAUGAUCCAAGCAAAAUCAAAGACACUCCACAAGACUGUGAGGUAAAGACUACCAGUCAGCUAUCAGCAAUGAUGUCCAUGUCUGGAAUGCAACAAGCUCUAAACAACCAAUUUCCUGAUUUAGAGUUGAGACGCCCUGUUCAAUUCAACCCAUUCACAAGCGUUUUCGAAACUCUCAAGAAACUUGCUGAGCUAUAUUUCAAGUAGUGAAUCCACUUGAUAUAUUACUUGUAUAGUGCAUAGUUCUUAUGACUAGUGGGUGUAACACAUUGAACUAAAGUUCAAUUAUGAAUGACAUACACUCCAGAAAAAUUUAUGUGU